AUGUCCUCCGCCAGCACAAACUCAUCCAAGCGCUUUGGCUCGUCGUCUUCCGCCUCAUCAGAAUCAGGACUAUCUACUGAAUCUUACCCUCCCACCAGCUACAGAAACAGCAUGGACUCUUCAGCCCCUCGACCACCAGUCGCCUCCGUCGAGGUCUUGCGCUGCAUGCGUUGUGCUCGCUCGGUCGAAGCUACUUCGACUGACGAUGUGAGCUCAACCGGUAUGGUGCGCAUCGCUCACAACCUCUACUACUGCGAACGUUGCGCAAAGGCGGUCGGCUACAAGUAA